AAUUUCAUUUUCCGUCCGCACCUAGAUUUCACAAUAUAUUAACCUCUCCUUCUCUGAACAGAGAUACUAGUAUCUAUUUUCUCCUUUGGGAUUUCACUUUCACGGCAAGAAUGUCGAGCUCACUGGCGGAGAAGUCCACCUUCUCUCGGACUUGUACUCUUCUGAGGCAAUACCUCAAGGAGAAGGGCAGCUUUGGAGACCUUACCCUCGGGAUUGCAUUGCCAUGCACCAACGGUUCCCCUGACACAUCAUGUCACUCUGCAACAACCAUGCAGUCUGUUUAUUCUCGCCACUUGGAGAUUCCAACUUUUAUUAACCCAAGCUCUACGGAGAAGGAGGCUAAAGCUGCUCAGUUGACUAUCUUCUAUGAUGGGCAAGUUGUUGUGUUUGAUGAUUUUCCUGCUGAUAAAGUGCAGGAGAUGAUGUCUUUGGCCUUGGCCACCAAGGGAAUUUCCCAAAGCCAGAACUCCUCUGCAUAUGCUCAAACUCAUAACCAGCAAGGAAAUAAUCAUCCUUCAAGUAUUCCUAAUAUCAUUCCUCAAGCGCCAUCCACACCAAUUGUUAAUGACAUGCCAAUCGCCAGGAAAGCUUCCCUUCAUCGGUUCCUUGAGAAGAGGAAAGAUAGAAUUGCUGCCAAAUCGCCAUAUCAAACAAACAGUCCUAUCUCUGCUCCUAAUAAGCAGGCCGAAUCCCUAGAUGCUAAACCACACAUCUGAUAUAUCUACGCUGCUAUUAGAUGUUUGUUUCAAUUAUUAUGAUUCCAAAUAUUUCCUGUAAUUAGCGUUUCAUUUUAGUUACAUUCUGAUAAUUUCUUCAUUUGUUGCUUUCUGUAGCUCCUUUUUCGGCUAAGAAAGAGAAUCAGUUGAUGGUAUUAAA